AUGGAUGGUGGGGGAUUUGCUGCACAGGAACUUUGCCCCGGUGGUGUAAGCAUGAUUUGUAAUUGCAAGGAUAAAGAGGCUUAUGUUAGUUGUCUGAUUCAAAGCCACUUUGUCACAUCAAUUGCUAAACAGGUAUCUUUGUUUGCACAAGGCUUUGACAGUGUUUCUGACGAGUCAAUCCUUCAAUUGCUCUCUUCUACCGGAUUGGAGCUUGAAGAUCUUAACCACAUGCUAAGAGGUAACAGAAAUGCUGGUCAUGUUCAUGAGAAAAGAAAAUCUGUUGGGCAUAACUGCGAUGAAAGUUCUGAUUCUCUAAUUAGUCGACAUAGACUUAACAUCAAGAAUUGGCAGAGGGGGCAGCUUUUGGGAAGAGGGUCAUUUGGAUCAGUUUAUGAAGUACUUGCUGGUGAAGGAACAUUUUUUGCUGUUGAGGAAGUUCCAUUAGUGGAUGACACAAUAGUUCAUCAUAUAGAGCAAGAGAUUGCUUUAUUAUGUCAACUGAGCCAUCAGAAUAUAGUUGAAUUUGUUGGCACAGAAAAAGAUGAAUCCAAUCUUUAUAUAUUUUUUGAACUUGUAAGGGGAGGUUCUCUAGAAAAAGUUUAUCAAACGUUUGAACUUGACGAUUCCCUAGUGUCCUUGUACACUAAACAGCUUAUUGAAGGUUUAAAGUAUCUGCAUGAUCGUAAUAUCAUCCAUAGGGACAUUAAAUGUGCAAACAUAUUGGUGGAUGAUGUGAGAAUUGCAGAUUUUGGAUUGUCAAAGGUGAUUAAAUUAAUUAUUCUUACCAAGUCUUGUUGGGGGACACUGAACUGGAUGGCUCCUGAGGUUCUUAAUCCGGAAAGAGGAGGUUAUGGAGUUGAAGCUGAUAUAUGGAGUCUGGGGUGCACUGUGUUGGAGAUGUUAACCAGAAAAAUUCCAUACUUUGAUUUGGAACGUGCAGCCGUACAGUACAGCAUUGGAAAGGGUAAGCUACCUCAGAUUCCUGACACUUUGUCAAGACAUUCAAGAGAUUUUAUCUUGCAAUGUCUGCAAGUUAAUCCAAGUGAACGUCCGACUGCUGCUGAGCUCUUAGACCAUCCAUUUGUAAAAGAGUCUUCCUCGUAGCACUAUGGCUAUUGUUAGAACUGCCUUAGAAGCUGUUGUUGCAGUGAAACUACAGCUGUCAAGUUUAAUAGUCGUUCUUAUUCGAAUAAGUUUACCAGUUGUUGCUGGUCUUUAGGAAUCUUUUGAGUUUAAUUUGUUGCUGAUUUGUAGGUUAUAUCCGUGGCUAUUUCAGCUUUUUUUUUUUUUUUUUUUUUAUUUAUUUUUUAUUUAAAUAUUUGUUAUGGUUGUAAAUAAUAAGUGUUCAUUGAAGUAAAAUAUCACAUUUGCUAGUCAAUCUCUUCUAUUUUCUACUCUUUAUUUUGUUUUAUAUUCAACCUUUGGUAUUAGAGCUCAAUUCUUAAGGAUCUGUGGCUAACCAAGAGUGUAUUGAGUUAAUCGCCUCCAAACACUUUUCACCUGUUCCACCUCUUGUAUUUGCUGAGAAAAACUACCAAUCUUGGUCAGUUAAGAUGAUAGCUUAUUUGCAGGCAUGGGAUCUCUGGGAAGUAGUGAAAGAAGAGAUUCAAUCUCUACCUAAAAAUCCCACAGUGCAGCAAAUCAAAAUUCAUCAAGAUCAAGUAUCAUGGAAGUUCAAGGCAAAAACGUGCCUUCAUUCAGCAGUGUCCGCAAGUCUAUUAAUUCAAAUUAUGAAUUUGGAGACAACAUUUAAAAUAUAGGAAUAUCUCCGAAUUGAGUUUCAAGGCAGUGCAAGAAUAAGAAAUAUGCGUGUUUUAAUCUUAAGAGAGAGUUUGAGACACAAAAGAUGAAAAAUCCAGAGACGGCAAAGGAGUAUGCAGACAGGUUAUUGGAGAUUGUGAAUAAACUUAGGCUGCUUGGUGAAGAUAUGCAUGGCAGUAGAGUAAUUGAGAAACUUCUGGUCUCUUUACCAGAAAAGUUUGAAGCUAAGAUUUCUGCAUUGAGGGAAAUCAAAGACCUCACACAAAUUACAUUGGCAGAGCUUCUCAAUGCCUUCGAAGCUCAUGAACAGAGAAGACAUCUUAGAGAAGACGUUUCGUUGGAGGGUGCAAUAUAAGCUAAGGUGCAGGCUUAUAAUUCUGGCCGAGGAAAGAAGAAGGUAUGGAAGAGAAACAAAGGCGAUUCAGAUGCAAAUGCUGGUAGUAAUGGAAGUGCAAACAGCAAUAAAACUGGUUAUCCUCCUUGUCAACAUUGCGACAGAACAAAUCACUCUCAUUCGAAGUGUUGGAGCAGACUUAAUGCAAAGUGCAAUAAGUGCAAUUAGAUGGGGCACGUGGAUAGAAUAUACAAAAUCGAAGGAAAGCAGAAGGCAUAUGAAGCUCAAGCUCAAGAUGUGAAUCAAGAAUAGGAGUUAGCAACUUUUCAUAGCUUCUUGCAAUGUAAACAACAGCGAGGCUGAUACUUGGCUAGUGGAUAGCGGUUGCACUAAUCAUAUGACUAACAAUGUUGAAUUAUUCAAGGAGCUUGAAAAAUCAUUAAUCUUCAAGGUAAGAGUUGAAAAUGUAGAAUAUAUUGCUGUGAAAGGUAAAGGUGCUAUUGCAAUUGAAUCUCUUAGUGGAGUUAAAGUUAUAACUGGUGUUGUAUGUUCCGGAAAUUGAUAAAAACUUGUUAAGUGUUGGUCAAUUAAUUGAGAAAGGCUUUAAAGUGCAUUUUAAGAACAAGAUUUGGGUGAUCAAAGAUGUAGAUGGGCAAGAAAUGUUUUCAGCAGAAAUGAAGGGUAAAAGCUUCGCUCUUAAUUUUUGGAAAAAGAGCAAGUUGUAUA